UAUUAUUUUAAAAUCGCAAAUAAAAUUUGUUAAGCUUUAGACUGAAAGCAUAUAGUUAUACUCAUUUCAAAAUUUAAAAAUAUUUUAUUGUUUUAUUAGAUGAUUUUUUGUUGGUUACUAAAAAAUCAUGCGAGGUAAUUUAUGUUCUUAAAGUAAAAAUAGAUUUAGCUAAUAUAAAAUAUUUUAUUUUAAAUGAUUAUUAGUAAGUGAAAUGACAUAUAUGGUCGAGUAAUCUAAAGGGACAAUCGGUAAAACGACACAACACAGGCAUUAUAUUCAAAGAAAAAAGACAUUCCAGUUGGAUCUUGUUGCCUUUGAUGUAUAAAAUAUUUUUUUCUCUUUCAUUCUUUCUUUCUUUCAUCUUUGGAUACGGUACGGCCUAAAGAAAAGCUCACGUUAGCUUUGCUAAAUCUGUAACUAAACCACGUUAUAUCAUACCUUGUAUUUGGUUAUUAAUUAAUUUUUGCUUGUAUGCACAACCUUGGCACAUGAUUUUAUAUAUAGGAAGCAACGUGCUUUACUAAAUCACUUACUUAUAAAAUAAAUUCAAAUGGAGGUUAUAGAUUAGAAGUCACGUGAGUUGAGAGACAUGACAAUUACAAAGUCGAACACAUAGUGUCUUGGGUUAAUCGUUAGGUUUUAUGUGUCAUGAAUCAAAGUGUUAAGUUAUGUGUAUUUGAGAAAGAAGCAUCUUUGGGAAAGCGGUGUGGUCGUCUUAAUUGAACAAAAUAACACCAAUCUCAAGACCGAUCUGAUUCCUUUGUUCGAUCUCUCUCUAGGCUCUAUUCCUGAUGUUUCAUCUUAAUAUUCAUAGUGUCAUACCCUUUCUGGUCACACAUAUUUUUGUCUGUUCAUGUUUGGCGGUACACGCCCUCAAAGAAGAUUAUUGUAUUUAUCGUGAUGUGAAACUCAAUUGAUUGUUUUCGUUAAACUAUAAACUCACUGGAUGGUCAAUAACAAAUACUAUAAGUUGAUGACACUGCAUUUAUGUUCAAAGUUUCACAUCGUAAAUAAGUUGUAGAAUAAAGAUAAUAUACUACGGAUAUGAUUCAGUUUUUAUUUAUUGAGUACCUUUCUUUCCGAUUAAAAGAAAAUGAAAAUCUGUAUAACUUAAUAUGUUAUGUUGAACCAAAAUCGACAUAACAUUAGAAAUUGGUUUCGCGAAGUACCCGAGAUCCGGCUACAAACGUAUUAUGGGGAGUGUGUUAAUAAUCAUAAUUAUGAUCACCACAAAUAAGAUGUUUUUAAUUAAUAAAAUACGAUAAAAUAAAAUGUCAAUUUAAAACUAAAAAAUGGCAGUUCAAAAUCUUACUUGAGAAUCUGAUUUUGUUUAUCGGUAAUGAGUCUACUUACCCUUUUGAUUUAAUCUGUUUUCCACUUAGAUCAAACUCAGCUGUUUUGCGUUUUGUAGAGCUAUAUAUUCUCUAUAUUACUUUUUACUUUGUGCAAAACAAAAAAACAACAAGAUGGAUCUGUUAGUAACGUAAUUACUUCGUGAUUUGAUCCAACUAAAAAAAAAAGAUAAGCAAUGAAGAAUAUAAGAUCUUUUAUAGAGCUACAUAGUGUAUUCAUUUGAAGGGUUCAUUCUCUUUGUAACCUUUUAUUUUAUAAUUUUAUAUUUGAGUUGGAGGUUGCUUCUUUGACUAACCAAUAAAUCUAUCUCUCGCCAAGCUAAAGAAAGAACACAAUGUUAUUGCUUUUAAAAUCAUUGUAAAGUAUCUCACUUGGGUCACCUUUACCUUUAUCCCUUUAAUAUGUCACUUCUAACUCGAGCAUUGGCUAGUUUUAUUCGUUAGCUCCUUAAAAGUACCGACCUUGGCGAUUAAGAUUUCUCAUGCAUUUCCCACAAUCGUGACAACGUUAAUGUUUAAAUGCAUACAAAGUUCGCAACGACUGAAGUACGCGUGAGUAUUUAGUUUAACAUUCAUUGGUUGUAAUUGUAAAUACUAUCUUUUGAGUGAAAUUUCAACACUCUUCUUUUCUGUUAAAAAAGGUUAAUAAAAUUAAAUACUAUCUCGACAGUGUUUCUAUAGUGGUAAAAGACCAGCUGAUUCAUAUUCUGAAUUUCACUUUUGUUUUGAAAUUCAUGACAUUUCAUCUAAGAUUACAUUAGAAAUUAGUGUUACAUGCAUAUAGAGAAGAUGUCGCUAUAUUUUUGAAUGUGGAAUUUAAAAGACCUUUUCUGAACGACAUAAAUUAGAAUGAACAUGUCCCUUCGGGGACAUCCGAUAAAAAUUAAAAUUAGAAUGAACGAGUCAUAUUAUAUCACAUAUUAGAAUGCGUGAUACUUGAACAUAAUUUAGUGCGGUGAACGUUAUAAUCACAAGGACAUAAAAGUCUCAUGCAAAAACUGAGAGUAUAACACGUCGACGCGGUGAAGCAAGCGACGACGUGUGGAAGAAGGGGACUGAGAGAUUCGGGUUUGGAGAUGAUCGUGAUCGGAGAAGAGACCAGAUCCUUUGAAGACCGUGACAUCCCAAGUCACGUGGUCCUCUUUUUUCUACAUUCUCUAUCUCUCUCCCUCCACUUUGUCUGCAGAUUGAACUUGUCAUUAUUAUUACUUACUUUUUAAUUGUUAACAAUCUCUUUUUAUUAAUUAAUUAUAAUACUGUAGUUUGCUUAGGAGUGUGAAACAAUUUCGUCCAUACAAAAAGUAUUGUUUUAGAGUGAAAUAUAUCUAAACAACACUGAAAAUAUUGUGAUCUACUUGCUGACUUAAUAAUAGCAUAUUUGUAUAUACAUUUAAAAAAAAUCAGUGUUAAGAGUGGGAAAACAAUAUCGUUAAUGAAACAAAAUGAAUACGGAACGGUGAAAAGAUAUCAGAAUUGUUUUCGCUACGUUUAAUGAUGUACAGUUUUAUAGAUUAAGUUAUUUUUGUAUACAUUCUAACAAAUCACGUUGGAAUGCAAUAAAAUUGUACAAGUAUUCAAAUAUAAAAUUGACUUAAAUAAACGGAAUAAUAAUAAUAGAACAUGUAAAUCAAAAUCAAUUACUAAUCGCAAAAAGCUCACUAUUCUUAAAUUAUUAGAGUUAUUUAUUUGGAAUACUAUCCAGAAAAUUGUAAUCCCAUGGAAAUAUAUAACGUAUGUAACAUCAACAAAAGUCUUUUAUUAGAACUGAACCAAGGACCCAACACAUAUUUAAAUAUUCAUUUGUAACAUCUUUUUUAGACAAAUUAAAGGAGCAUAUAUAUAUACUCAUCUAAAUUAAUCUAAAGAAGAAGAAAGAAUUCAAUAUGGAUUGAGUCAUACAUUACAUACAUAACACCGGGACCAAAUUUUGGUCUUUUUGUCGAGUACUUACGUACCAAAGUUCUAUAAAUACUCACUCCUGUCUCCACUUCACAACAGCAACGUGGACUCCUUUGUAUUUAGCUGAGUACUCUUUCACCGUUUCCUUAAUUAGAAUCACCAUACGAAACACACACACACACACACACACACACACACACACACACCUCCUUUUCAUCUCUCGAAACACGAUUUUCCUUAAAAUCAUUUACCUACGUAAGUGAUGGGUUUGUCAAUGUUCUUCUCCUCUGAAAAUGAUGUCAUCCAUCAUCACUCCUCGCCUUAUGCUUCUGUUGACUGCACUCUCUCCCUUGGAACUCCCUCCACUCGCCUCUGCAACGACGACGAUGACCGUAGAUUCUCUACUCAUACUUCGAACAAUAUCUCCAACGCCUUAGGCUCAUGGGACUUCUCGCACGGUGGCAAGAAAGCCGGUGAAGGCGGCGGAAACAACUUAGUCGCUCGCCGAUGCGCUAACUGUGAUACCACUUCUACUCCUCUUUGGAGAAACGGUCCAAGUGGUCCCAAGUCACUGUGCAAUGCGUGUGGAAUCCGAUUCAAGAAGGAAGAAAGACGUGCGUCGGCAGCCGGAAACUCUACUUCCGGUGGAGGACUAACGGCUUUUGGUGUUCCGGCAUCGGAUCAUCACGGAGGUGCAGAUUACUAUUAUAAUAACAACAGUAAUAAUAAUCAUUAUUAUGCAUCAUCGUCGCCUUGGACUCACCACCAACAGCAAAAUACGCAAAGAGUUCCUUAUUACUCGCCGGCUAACAACAACGAAUAUUCUUUCGUUGAUGACGUCAGAGAGAGCCAUGAUAUCACGACCGAUCCCUUCUUGUCUUGGAGGCUUAACGUUGCCGACCGGACCAGACUUGUCCAUGAUUGUACGAUGUGAUGAGUUAUGACCGUUUCAUAUCUUUUCCCCAUAAGAGUUUUGGCCUUGGAUACCUUUUAGCCGAAACAAAAAAAGGAGAAAGUCUUAAAUUUUAAUUUUAUUUUCUUUACAUAUAUAUUUUAUUUUAUAGUCUUUGUGUAAGUUUUUAAAAAUAAAAUUUCGUAUGAAGCUACUUGUGUUUUCUUUUCAUGACUUUUUGAAUAUUCUCUCGGGUAAUCAACUAAUGAUACGUAUACUCAGGUACUUUUUAACCUUUUUCUCAUGUGUGCCUACUUUGACCGUGAUUCCAGAUUUGUGAUUUUCACCAUGUUAUUCAUAUCUUCCUUUGAUUUUUUUGCACGUAUUAUAUUAAGCGUUUAAUCUUGAAAAAAUAUAUCUGCUGACUGCAUGGUGGACAAGCUGAAUGUUUGUCGUAUUAUGGCCCUAAUUGUCUUGGAAUUUUGCCAUGAAUUUGGCUACUUCUCUCAGUCUCUGUAUAACACUGUUGUUCCACUCCAUGUGAAGAAUAUUUAUCCUUUUCAUAACGCCUUUCACUCUCAUAUAAAAGCUUUAUUUCAAUUUGAUUUGUAGAUAUUUAAACGCCAGAACAAAAAUCGAUUUGAAUUGUCUAGAUAUUUCCAGGGACGUAGAAUAAUGACUUUUCUGCAUUCCUAACAUUUAAACGGCAGAACAAAUUAUCGGACUUGAAGAUGUUCAUGUUUCCAGGAAUGUAGAACAAGAAGACUUAUCAGUUAUAAUAUUUUUAAGUUUUCCUAGAGAUAAUCAAAAAUAUAACAUCAUGUAUAUUUCUUUCUCAGACGAUCGAGUUCUAAAGUAAAUAAAAAUUUUGUAUUAAAAAUUUGAUCAAAUGGUACCUCAUUUUUAUGAUAUCUGAUGUACUACAAUAUGUCAAUUACAUACCAAAACAUUUGUCAAAUUCGUUUAAAAAUAUAGAAUAAAAUUUUGUAUAAAAAGGUAAGAUUUUAUAAUAUUCCGCUCUUCAUUUUUGUUUAUCACGGAUAUAGUAAAAUGUUUAAUGUUUUACAUGUUAGUGUUAAGAAUAUAACAGAAAAUAAAUUGUGCUUUAUAUUCGGUUUAAGCCCAUUUAAUUUUUACCUCAUUCAAAGUCGGGAGAAAAUUCAUAAGUUAAUUAACGUAAUUUGGAAGAUUAGAAUGGACAAUUUAACGCUCAUCCGAACAAUCAACAAUGACUUGCAGGCUAAAGAAAUCUACGGAAUCGUCCAUGACAUCCAAAAGAUCGCCUCUCGAUAUCUCUUUCUCGCAUUUCAAUCUCAAAAACAAUGUUGAGGCCGAUUUGUUGGCUAAACAUACCCUAGCGGCAGUCUCUAUUAUAAGUUUAUUUAUGGGUUAAACUUGGGUCGGAAGUUCUUUCAAUUUAUUGAAUAUGUUUGUUCCAAAAAAAAGAAUGGACCACCACCAAUGCCAUAUUCUAUGCAUACCUUCUUUUUUUUGGGUCAAAUUCUAUGCAUACCUACGUUUGUUUACCAAAGACGAACAAAGAAAAGUAUACCAAAGACAAAUUUUUAUGCUUACUAUAAUGUUUGAAAAUCAUAAAUAUAAUACUUAUACGGUACGCAAUAUUUCUAUACGAGGAAAUAAAAUUUUUCAAUAUAACGCGGAAGUAGGAAAUGCAGGUUGUCUAAACUACUACAUGAAAAGUAAAAUGGACCCCAUCCACCGGUUCCCCGUCUAACUGUAAUUAAUUAGGUCUGCUACUCCAACCAAAAAAAAACAAUUACCCUAAAAUGGCCAUGGCCUUUGACCAAUACUUAAAUUUCUUACAUCAAUCAAACCCCGAUCACUAAGACAGACCCUACCAAAGAGGGGGAAUAAGAGGGAGUAUAUUUCACCUUGUCUUUUUCUUCUGAUUGGUAGGGGAUAACGGCUAGUUGUGGGUACCAGAAAUGAAAGAACUUCUGCCUCACUUUGUUGUUAAACCUGAACCCACACCUAAGAAUCCUACAAAUACAGGAGACGGUCAAAAUAUAUGAUUUACUAGAAAGUGAAUUUCUAUAUUUUUUUCCCAAAAAGCACCGAUGCAUUUUUUUAAUUUUUUUAGCAUCCAUGCAUUUAUUUUGUUCUUUUCAUGUAAAUUUAUUCAGCCUUUUAAAUUAAAUUAAAAAAAAACAUAUAUUUCUGUAUAAUAGUUUGAAAUUUCAGAAAGCAUAAUGUAUUAUCGUGACAAAUAUAUAUUCUCUAACUAGAAUUGACUAAUGAAUCACCAUGAUUGUAUUAAUAUUUUAUUAAACGUGAUUUUUUAAAUAAAAUUUUAAACAUGAAUUAGUCAUUUGAUCAACUUGACAAUCUUAAUUUCUAGAAGUAUUCUUCUACUUAGAGGAGUGGAUAAAGGAAAAUUAGAUAACCAAGAUAACAACCUAACACCAAACACAUUAAAAUAAAUUCCAAACCCAAUUUCACAAGUUGUGUUAAACACACACACACGCACACGAAAAACAGAGCUUAUAUAAUGUUGCUUCCCAGUUGAUCCUUCUGAAAUCACUCAUCUCUCCACA